AUGGACUCCGCCAGAAACUUUCUCGAUUUCUUUUGGGCUCUUGGCAGCAGCCAGUCAGAGACCCGCGUCGAAGCCGCAGCCAAUCUGGUUGAGUUUCUCGUCGAACGGCAGGCGCGCGCAUCAGGUCGUGGUCCUUCUUCCGCGUCUCCUGUCGACGCGAGCGCGCUCGGCGGAUCACUCGAUUCUCUCCCGGCGGACGGAAGGCCCGAUCACCAGAAGGGAAAGAAGAAGAAGGGGGGCAAAGGGAGACACGACCACGGCCAGUCCAUUAAAAACCUCAUUUCUUUUCAAGGCACCGCUGCAUGCGACGAUCUACAGUAUGCUGCCAAUCGACUGCUCGCAGGCCUCACGUCGUCCAGGGCGUGUGUGCGCCAAGGCUAUUCUCUUGCCCUUCUUCUUCUUCUCCUCCACUUCAAGAAGGAAAUCCCCAAAGAGAAGGUUUUGACGGCGCUGGAGCAGCACACAUCGAUAGCGAAGGCCUUCCCGGCAGACGUCAAGACUCUCCUCCUCGGUCGCCUUUUCGGCUACGCGGUCUUGCAGAAAACCGGCUACUUCACCAGCAACGCGUGUCUCACGCAGUGCAGCACGGUCUUCUCUUCGCUCUGGGAGAUUGUGGAUAAGAAGGUCUAUCUGCAGGAAGCGGCUUUCCGUCUCAUGCGUCGAAUCGUUGUCGACUUAUCCACCUUCAACCGCUCCAUUGCUCUGCAGUUUGUCCACGCGCGCCUGGGGGCCCUCGCAGCCGUGCGCGUCAACGCAGCGCAUGCAGCUGCGCCAUCGGAUGGCGAAGAGCCGCCGAAGGACGAAGCAGACGGUGGAAAGCAGCUGGGCAAAACCGUCACGGGCCGCCUCCCCUGCAGUCUGGCUGCCUUUCUGCUCGACCUGAGGUGGGAAGCUUGCCGCUCGGGGUGGGCCAACAAGCAGGAGAACUUCCCGCACCUCGACGUCCUGUUCAACUUGGAUCUCCUCCAAGAGAAAGAACGUCCGCGCCUGAUGGCUUUCCUCGCCGACACUGCGGCGUUCCACCCGCGCCUCCACAGCCUCUGGGACGCGUGCCUGACGCUGCUGCUUCACUCGAGCAUCGACGCAGAUCCACAGGAGGCCUUCCUGAGGUGGUGCCGCAGCGUGGACAAGACGCUGUUUCCCGCGGCGUCCUUGUGGGCUUCCCCGGCGCUGAAAGACAAAGCCGCGCAGAAGACCGAGAACGGGCGAGGACAGGUGGAGCCGCAGACCUUGCAGAAGGCGUUCCUAGGUUUCCGCCUCGCCGUCGAAGUGCUGAUUCGCCUCAAGCACCGAGCGAUGGUUCCCGAGGCCCCUGACGCACUCACGUGCAAGAAUACCAGAACGGAUGGGAAGAGGCAGUUGACCUGCGAAGAAGCGCUCGCGAGCACGUCGCAAUUCUGGGCUUCCGCCGACGGCUUUCUCCGCUCACUCGUGCGGCACCUCGAGGGCUCCCGUGGGGACCCGCUGCGGCUCAUGGCCGACAGGGUGUUGGAUAUCCUGAUUGUUGUCUUCACGGGGAGAAGUGUUUCUUCGCUGCCGUCGCUUUUGUCUGUCUCUCUGGAACCCUCGGCGAGCUCCGCAUCUCCGCGCGGCGCAAAUGUCGUCUCCCCUUUCCCCCCGGUCGCUUCGGUGGGGAAACCGCAGGAGCACAAGCCAAUGAAGACCGUUCACCUCGAGUGCGGGUGUCUUCGGGAUCCAACCGAGGAAGGUUUGUUUGAGUCGCUUCUUUUCAAAGACGGCGAAGGCGAUGCAUGCAAAGGCUGGGUGCACCAGCAGCUGUCGGCCAUUCUCGAAGACCCCGAGAACUCGAAGGAGAAGCGGAAGCGCAAACCGAAGCAAGAGGAAAGAACUUGCCACGCUCCCAGUCCCGCACUCGGCGCGCAUCUGGAGGUCGUGCGUCACCCUUUGUCGCUUUCGCUUUCCUCGCGCUUCGAGAUUCUGAGAGCCUGGGGCGAAGCGGUUCGUUUCCACCCCCUGAAAAAGGGUGUCAUGAAGAAACUGGGUCUGCUGGUCUUUGGCGGCGGCCUGACGGCAGAGGAGCUUCGCCCGGAGAUCCUGUUGUCUCAGAUUUUCGAGAGCCUCGAAUCGGGGACACGCGGCCUCGUUCGAGACGGCGUCUCCAAGGCUUCGCCCCAGACGCUGGGCGCAAGUUGGCGGCGUUUGUUGUGGAUCGUGGAUUUCCUCCUGCUGCUCCCACAGCAGUUUUCGUCUUCAGGGUCUGACUUGUCUGCCGGUCUCCCGCUCUUUGUGUCGCUUGUCCUUUCACUGCUUCUGUCUUCGGCUUUCCAGCUCUCUUCGCGCUCCGCCCCUCUCCCCUCGGUCGUGUUCACCUCUCCGUCCCGGCUCCUCUCGGCUGCCAAGAGCGCCGCUUCGUCGCGUGCGGGUGCGCUGUCGGGCCUCAGCGGGGUGUCGGUGUCUCCGUUCUUCGCGUUUCUUUUCGCGCCUUCGCGUUCGCCGUGGCCACGGCUGCUUCCCAAACUCAUGUCGCUCCAGUCCUUUCUUCUCGCCCGCCACGUCGACACCUUCACCAAGUUCCACGGCCCCACGGGGCCUCUGGCCACUGCGCCUGACGCGGACCCAGCCUCGGCGACUUCGCCCGACGCGGCCUCGCGCUUCGUCACGGCCCUCCACGCUGCGCAUGCACUCUGCUUCGCGCUCGUGGAGGCGACAGAGACGGAAGGUCCGAGCAAGACCGUGAGCGUCGUGGCGACGGCAGACGGCGCCGCGGCGAGGAAGCGCCACGGGAAGAAGGCGGCGUCAGCCGAAGCCGAGGGCCUGACUGUGGAGUUGUCUCGCGGGUCGGCGCUGUCAGCAGGCUUGGCCAUGGCCAGCCUGCUGUCGGGCGGCCUCGCAGGUGUCGAGGCCAGCAGCGAAGACGAGGAGGGAGGCGGUCGCUCGAAGGCCGUGAAGCGGAAGCACGAAACGAAAGACGGGGAGGGGGCUGCAGCCGCGGGCGAGUCGGCAACGCUCCUCAGCCUCUGCUUUGAAGCCUCGACGCGAGCGAGGGAUCUCGACCUCGCAGUGCGUGCCGCACACAGCGUCGCUCGAGAGCCCGAGUCGGCCGAGGCGAUUGUUCUGAAGCGAGGUCUGGGCGCCGCGUGUCGCGCACUGGCAGCGAGCGUCGCGUCGGUGGCUUUCUAUCCGUACUUUGCAUUCGGAAGCAGAAGACGCGACGAGGAGACGGAGAGGAAGCGAAGGGAGGAGGGCGAAGCUGACGCGAGUCCAGCUCGGAAACGCCCGCGGCGCGCCGAGGACGACGACCCAGACAGCGACGAGGCAGACGUCUCCGCGUUUCUGUCCGGAUCCGACGAAGAACUGGAGGCGCCGAGUCGCCAGAGCCCUCUCGACGGCCCGCUGUUUGGCUCUCAGGCUGCGGAGUGGGCCAAGGCCAAGGAGACUCAGGACGAGGAUGAACGCGAAGAACUCGGCGACUUCGCGACGCUCCUCGGGGACCUUUCGUCGCAGGCUGCCGAGCUGACCGCGAUUUUCCGCUCCGCUGAAGUGGAGGAGAAAAACGGAGAAGAUCCGGAGACGAACGGCGGCGAGGGCGGAACCUUCGCGCAGCUGGCGGCAGCUCUCGCGCAGGCCGCCCAGAGUGCUACCCGGCUGAUCUUCCUGGAAGGGGACAGCGCGAGUGUGGGGUUCCUCCGGGCGACUGGACGCACGCUCUGGAAGGCCCUCUGCCCCUUCGCCCGAGAGACAGAGCUGCAGGCGUUGCUGGACAUUGUGCUGGAGCGCGAAGGCGAAGCCGCAGAGAAGAGCCAGGCAGAAGGGAAAGACGAGGAAAACGAAUCAGGCGGGGAAGACGAAGAGGAAGACGAAGAGGAAGAAGAAGAGGGAGAUGAAGAAGAGGGAGAUGAAGAAGAGGGAGAUGAAGGAGAGGGAGAGGAGGAAACUGGCGACGAGAAGAAAGGCCCUGCGACCGGAGGCGGGAAGAAGGCCGCGAAACGUGGGACUGCGUCCGGCAAAAAACGACGCGAGUCAGAAGCGAGCGAAGACGAGAGUGAGGACGAAGGCGAAAGUGGCGCGGACGAAGCUGAGGAAGACAAAGCAGGCAGCUCGCGGGACACCGCGGACAGCGACACGCAGGAUGACAACUUUUCGAUUGAACUUGACGCCGAUGCCACGUACCGAGCGUUGCUGGAUGAGGACGGCGACGCCCUGCCAGGUGCGUACGCGCCUCCCCACGCGGCCUUGCGUCGCCAGGCGCAGUCGGAGCGGAAGCAGCGCGAGCAUGCGCGUUUGAGUCACCUCCAGUUGCGCCUCCGCGCUCUGGACCUCCUGCAAGUCUUCCUGGAGAUGCAUCCGCGUUCCUCCCAGGCGUUGGCCGUGCUCUCUUCACUCUUCGGCGGCUUCGACCGCAUCGCUUUGCGGAGUUUCCUGCGUCGGCAAAAGAAGGGCGCGGGGAAAACGACGCCAACUAGCGGCCUUCACCAACUCAUCGCCGACAAGAUCCAGAAAGUGGUCUUGGACGCAUGCAGCGCCUCGGGCAGUCGCCACCGCAAGCGGCCGCUCGCGGCGCUCGCGGCGCGCGCCGCCGGCGACGCCGAGAAGCCCCUCGCCGCCGAACGGGCCCAGAGGCUGCUGGAGGGCGAGCGACGCGCCAUCUCGCUGGCUGCGACUCUUCUGCCGUGGCAAGCGUCGUGGGCGGCGCGGGGGAGUGAGGGGCCUCCGCGCGCGCCGCGCCCGCUGCAUGCAGUCCCUCCGCUCGUGCUCGCGGCGGGGUGGGACGCGCCGGGCAGAGGUUUCGAGGGCCUGGAGAACAGCGUCAGUUGCCGGGUGCAGGCGUGCGGGGACGGCGAAGACGCGCGCGAAGCGUCUGCCGACAAGAAGAGGACAGGACUCCAGAGCCCAGGCAAGGCGACGCGCGCCGAGAAGAGCCUCCACACGGCGUGGGAGGCCGCCGAGACGUGUCUGGGGCUGCGCGCGUUGGAAGUUCUGCAGACCUGCAUUGCGUGUCGCCAGCUCCCGCAGGCGCAGGCGGCUGCGAGCUGUCAGUACGUCGGCAUGAGCCUGCUGGUCCAUUUCUUCAAAGUCGAGCAGCAGAUUGCGGAGUUUUUCUCGCAGCUGCUCGGCCGCACUCGCGCUGCAGGCAGCGCGUCCGGGGUUGAAGGCGCCACGUGGGGAGGCAGCGUCGCCUCCCAGGUGCUCAACUUGGCGCUCACGGACUGGCUAACCAAGCACAGCAGUCGCCAGCAGCAGCUGGACGCUGCGUUCUUCCGGUUUUUCGCCGAACGACGCCCAGAACUGAUGCGGUUCAUCGAUUUUCUGGGUGCGGCACACCAGCGCGCGAAGGGGGCCUUCGUCCGCCGCGAGUGCGUCGCGAUCGGCGCGGCGGUCGCUCGGCACCCGAGCUUUCUCUCUGGGCGGGCGGACGAGCGCAGCUGCAAACACGAAGGCGCUCGAGACGCAGCGGACAGUGGAAACACCGCGGGAGCGGAGGCGAUGACGGAGACUCAGAAGGCCAGAAGCGCCCCGCUGGAUGUGCUGCCGCACGUGGCGCUGGACUGGGGCGCGUGGACACGCGGCGGCCGACGUGGAAGAGACAAGCGGCGACGCCGCGAGCAAGACGAAGCGGGCGAGCGUGGGGACGGCGCUUCGCUGCCGCCGCUUCCGGUCCGGGACGAGGUGAGCGAAGGGACCUUCGUGGAGCUGCUGGCGCAGCUCGCCAGCUUGGCUGAUGAGGCUGCUGGGGAAGGGAGUCGAGGAGCGUUUUCGUCCGCUAGCCAGAUGAAGGCGAGUCACAAAGAGAUGCUCUUGGCGCUCAAGACGGUCCUGCAGGCCGCGGUCGCGCAGGUGAAGCGACGGCGGCCGUCCGCGAGGCACGCCGAAGAAGACGAUGUGAGCAGCCCGCGAAACGACACCAGGCGGCGCGAGCGCAGCGACUUAGAGGCGGCCUGGACUCGACUCGGGGACAAAAUCGAGGCUGCGGCGGCCAAGCUGAAGGGACAGGCAGGGCGGCACCAAGGCGUGCACGACAGCGUGGUCCGGCUCGUCAGGACGCUGCAAGGCAAGGAGGAGGCGCUAUCGACGGAGACAGAGGCGAGAAAGCAGUUGAAACGCGAAGAGAAACGAAAACGCCGCGAGGAACGGAAAGCGAAAGGGUCGGCGAAAGACGAAAGCAACGAGAGAGAACCCCAGGCAGGCGCCGAGGCAGCCAGCAGCCCCGCGAAAAGUCCGAAACAGAAAGGGAAGAAGGAAACGCGCGUGAAGUCAGAGGCCUCUGGAGAUGAGACGAACGCGCAGGCGCAUACCUCCAAGAAACUCAAGUCCGUGUGA